CCCGACACAUCUAGACGUUACCAGUACGACGAGAAAGGUUUCUGCUGUUCACACCACGCUAUGCAUCUUUUAUCGACAAAAUACCAAAAUUGACACAUCGGAGAGAAUAUCUAAAGCAGAGUGGUCCAAACGACUUAUAGAACAGCAGUUUUAAUACAGAGGAAGCCAGUCAUUAUCGAAAGAAACCUUCAAAAAUAUCUUAAACACUUUUAAACGGAAUUUUCGCUCCUUUUCAACUAACUUUUUACCGAACACCAUCAAGUGAUUAAUUGGAUUUUCUUUAUAAGCUGAAACUUUGUGUGACUUUUAUCAUUUAAUUGGACGCACUUAAGGAUUAGAAAGGACAAUUAAACCAGAAUUUGAUGACCAAGUUAUGGAGAAAUCAACGAUAAAGUUCUUCGCGGUGUCUUUGGUGCUGUUUCUAAGUGUCCCUGCUGUAAACAGCCAAUGGGGGUUUGGACUCGGUAAAGGCGACAACUGGGACUUGCUCUGGUCAAACAUUGGUGACCUUGAUAAGUAUGACCUCAACAAAAACAGCAACGAACUAGCCAACAACGUGACCCCUAGACAAACCUCAAAUCCAGGCGGAACGUCAUUACGAAGCCGAUAUGGACGUUUCGUCCAAUCUGCUGAUAGCAGUGACGAGUCGGACGACAGCAGCAGUGAGGAGAUAUCUGUAGGUAUCGGUGAAACUAUAUACAAUACUUACCUAGGAAAUAAACAAAAUGACAAUUAUGAUAAUCGAUUGGAAAGACAGCCGACAGCAGGGGAAUACAACACUGAAGGGGAGGAGUAUGUAUACAACCGUGAAGCCGGAACCGGAAGUGAAACUGAAACCGAUAAUAAUGGACAGAAUAGUGGAAACUCACAAAGGCAGUCCGGAUCUUGGAAAUCGCCUUGGACCGAAACUGGAUCAAAUAGAGAAGGAGGAUUCACAAAGCAAAAUAAUCAAGAUAUGAAUUACGAAAAACGUAGUCCGCAUAAUCAACGAGGUCAGCAAGGUCAAAUAGGUCAGGGAGUGGAUCAAGGUCAACGGGGUAACACCAGAGGUCAAGGACCGUCAGGUCAGCAACGGUAUCAUUCUUGGGCGGAUUAUCAACGUCAACAGCAAAGACGCAAUAUGGGUGAGGAAUUUGAGCCUGAGGACGUGACACCAGCAAGUAACGGUGGUCAAGGUCAAGGUCAAGGUCAAGGACAUGGUAGAGGUAAUGGUCAAUUAGGUGAAAAUGAAGUCGAGGGAAAUAUGCGACAAAGUGGUGCUCAAGCAUCAGCGACAACAGGUAGUGAGUUUGAAUGGAUUGAACCAGAGGAUAGGACGACCCCGGCUAGCGUCUCUGAUAAAAAGACGACAACUGGUACUGAGUUUGAAUGGAUAGAACCAGAGGAUAGGACGACCCCGGCUAGCGUCUCUGAUAAAAAGACGACAACUGCUAGACAGGAAUAUGAGGCAGAGGACGUCACAACACAAGCUCCGGGUGGUUCAGCUACCAGUGGAAGAGUUACCGUCCGUGGAAGUACUACAGAGGAAUACGAAUUCGAAGGCAGAAAGACAACUACGACUGAUCCGAAGAAUAGCAAGCAAUCUGUAGAUACAUGGGAGAGUGGUAUGGCCACCAAUCCAAAUAAACCCGGUCAGACCGGGCAGGGAGGUAAAACACCAGAUGGUAACUUCAGGGGAAGGUGGGUCGAUAUCGGGGAGAGACCACAACAACAGAAUGUAGUUAAUUCAACAGAUAAGAACGGGUGGGCCAUGUAUGCUGGUUCUGUUGAAGGUAGUGGCCCUGAAAGGGAGCCCAAACCAAGCAAUCAUGGGUUGAUUUAAAUCCGAACGAGAAACAGCCGACAACAAACCA